GGAUAUGGGGGACAUUUUUGGGGACAAGUUUCAAUGGAGAGAAGAAGACGAGAGAGAAGCGAUGCAGUCAUCCCGACGGCGGGGCAGGUACGCCAACACACUCUCACCCCACCUAGCCGGUCUCCUUAACUCUUCUCCCACAACCUGGCCAUACUUCCCAUCAACAAACACCGCCAUCUCCCGCUUUUAUUAGAGACAACUUCCCUGGGAUUCCUUUUACGGAGGACGUGCACCUUUUCUUCUUGUCUCUUGCUCUGCCUUAUCAUCUUAUCUGUACUUCAGUCUCCAGGAGAGACUUACUAUCACCAUGUCUUGGGACGGAUACCUUAACGACCACGUUGUCGGCUCCUUGAUUGACAAGGCCGUUGUUAUUGACGUUACCGGUGCUGCUGUGUGGGCCAAGUCCAACGGUGCUCAGAUUUCUCCAGACGAGAUGAAGACGUUCGCUAGCGCAUUCAGCGACAAGUCGAAGGCUGAAGAAAGCGGAGUUUCUUUCGGAGGCUCCAAGUACUUCUUCACAAAGCUUGAGGAUCUUACACACGAGAGUCUCCCCGAGCGGACUAUCCCUACGCUACACGUGGCUAAGGGAAAGGAGGGAGUCGUGGCAGCGAAGUGCACCCAGGGUAUUCUGAUUGCCCACUACCCCGAGGGAGUCUUCUUCGGCGACGCUAUUGACGCUGUCGUUAAGAACGCUUCGCACCUUGUGAAGAACGGUAUAUAAGAGGUCAUUGGGGUUCUAUAAUCGGAAAAUUUGGAGGUAUUCGCACUACAUGCUAGACGGGAUCAGCAAAGAGGUGGUAUCUCG